AUGAGAGAAUUUUCUAAAAUAAUUCUAUUUGUUAUUGGUACUCUUUUGUUACUAUCAGUAUUCAGCGGUAAUACAUUGGGAGAGGGGAAUAUAUUACCCUGUCCACCAAGUGACUUUAGUUGGUGUACUCAAAUGAAUCUUUCAGCAUGUGGGGUAUCCAAGUCUUGCAAACCUGGUUUCAGAUGUUGUUUAAGACCCUGUGAAUCUUAUUGUACUCCCAAUAUUAUACUUACUUACAAUGAAAAUAAAAGUUUAUUGGUAGACUAUUGUAAGCAAGCAGUCGAUAGUAUUGUUGGACAAACUUGCAAAGAUUGGACGAUGCUCAUUGUCGACGAUGGUUCAAAGUGUGAUGAGCUAGAUCAACUACUAUCAAACUAUGCCAAUAUCGAUAGUCGAAUAGUGGUUGUUAGAAACGAUACGAAUAUAGGUGUUGUACAGUCACUCAACAAAGCUAUCGAUCUACUACCACCAGACUGUCAAUACAUUGCUCGAAUGGAUGCCGACGACAUCUCCCACCCUGAACGUCUACAACGACAACUAGAUUACAUGAACACACAUAAGAAUAUCGAUGUACUAGGUACAAACGUUGUAAUGUUCUCAAGUAGUAAGUAUAAUGAUAGUGAUAAAACCAUUAAUAAUAAUAAUAAGGUAAUAGAACACCCUAAUCAAAUACAAAUGGUUGUAUGGUCGAUGUUCUUCAAUUGCUGUUUGGUACAUCCAUCGGUAAUGUUGAGAAGAGAUGCUUUGAAUCGUGGUAGUAGUGGUAGUGGUAGUGCUGGUUAUCGAUAUGAUAGUCGUUAUAGACAUUGUGAAGACUAUGCACUUUGGUUGGAGAUGAUAUCGAAUGGUGAUAUUUCGUUUGACAAUCUUCCAGGCAUUCCACUUCUUCAGUUGAGAAAGCAUGCUACUUCAAUAUCAAAGUUAAACUCACAGAUACAAAGAGACAGUGCCACACAAGCAUCGUUUGAUUGUCUCGUUAAACUUGCAAACAAAUAUCAAAUAGCAAUCGAUGACACUAUAUUAAAUCAAAACAACAUACAAUCACUUCAAUUUCCAUCGACAAUUCAAUCACCCGAUACUAUAAAACAAUGUUUCAAUCUUUUAUUACUCAUAGAAGAGAUAUCUUUAAAAUUAUUUUCAAAUCUAAAUAAUGAAAUCAUAAAAGAGUCUACCAAUGGAAGAAUGGGAGAAUUAAUAGCGCUUUUACUCUCUAAAUACCCAGAAAGCGAUGUUAGAUCACAACUAUGGUCACAAUGGCUAAGUAGAUCUCCAACAUCUCAUAUUGUAUCUUUAUUAUCAAUAAUGGGUACAAACGAUAAUAAUAGUAGUAAUAAUAGUAAUAAUAAUAAUAAUAAUAAUAUAUUAUCUUCAUUAAUUCCAAGUAAUAAUAGUAAUAAUAAUAGCAAUAAUAAUAGAGCAUUCCAAUUAUCAGAAUAUCUUCGUACAUUAUAUAAAUAUAAUAUUGAUUUCAUCAACAACAACAGCAACAACAACAAUGAUAGUACAAAAGAUUCAAAAUCUACAACAACAACAGUGUUCCCAACUAAAUGUUAUGUAUUGUAUACUUACUCUAAAGAAUCAUAUGGUGAAAGUUACAACAAAGUCAUUCAGCAAUAUCCUCAAGUUGAAUUCAUUAAAGAAUCUGAUUUUUCUGGUCAACUAAGAGAACUGCUAGAGAAGAAGUUAACCUAUAGCUAUACUGUAUUUGGUGUCGAUGACAUACUCUACUACAGUCAAUUUAGUUUCAAACAAUGUUGUCAAAGACUUGCAAAGUUUCCAGAGGCAAUUGGAUACUUUCUAAAGAUGACACCUCAAAUUACUUAUUGUCACACUGCCAAUGAACAAAUGCCAAUACCACCUUUAAAACAUUAUAAUGAUAAUAACAAUAAUAACAAUGAUAAUAAUGAUAAUAAUGAUAAUAAUGAUAAUAAUAGUUUUAUUGUAUGGAAUAGAUUAGAGAAUGGAUUGGCAAAGAGAGAUUGGAAUUAUGCUUGGGAUAUGUGCUCGACGAUCUAUAGGAGUAGUUCUGUACAGCAUAUUGUAAACUCAAUGAACUCUACUAACCCAACUUUAUUGCUGGUGAUUAUUUUGAAACUACUCAAAAUUAAAAACAAAAUUCGUCUAUUGUCAAUAUUGAUAGCAAAGUGGUUAACAUAG